CGUGUCGGAAGGAGCGGGAGAUGGCGGCCGGGGGCGAAGGCGACAGGUGCAGGUGGCGAGGAGGGGGCUUCUCCCGAGCCCUGCUGCUGCUGCUGCAAUCCUGCCUGUCGACGCUGGCGGACUUUUCGGGUUCGUAGCCGAUUUCCGACGGCCGAGUGAGAUGUUCUACACACUGCCCUUAUCAUAAUGUCUCUAUAUCAGAAGGUUCACCUGGGAUGAUCUUGGCUAAUGUUUCCAGUUGUCCCAACGUUUGUUUAUUUCAUAAGAGCAGUUCGUCUGAUCCCGAUGAAGUCAUAUUAGCCAUAACUGGAGGAAAACUGGGAGUCUACAAUAGCACAAACAAGAAACACUUCUAUCUACAGGGAAAUGACCUCUUUAUCAAUAACACCAACAAACGGCUUGCUGGAGAAUACCAACUUGAAGAUUUAUUGAGAAAAAAUUGUUUUCAUCGAGUCUUCCUUAGUGUACUUGACCCUUGGAACUGCCCUUCAGCUAAUCUUUCCAUACCAGAAGGUUCCUCUGGGAUGAUCAUUCCUAAUAACAUAUUGAACCAUUCCAAUAGUCUUGCUUUAAACAAGAACCACCACUCCUCAUCUUCUUGGGAACACAUCUUGAGCAUAGCCAAGAGACACCUGAAUCACAGUGUCGGCACGUAUGAAGAGCACUUCUAUAUAUCUGAUAGCGGCCUUUCUGUCAAGAAUGCUUAUGAAGGACUUGCUGGAGAGUACCAGCUUGUUUAUCAGCAAAAUACCGGUAGAUCCUGUGUGUAUCAGUUCUUCCUUAAUAUACCUGUUUCAGGACGCAGACAUGAUUACGCUUACGGUGCACUAGGGCUUGCCAUCUUUUUGGUGCUCUGUUUCGCAAUGUAUCUCUGUUGGAAAAGGAGAGACAAAGACACUGCUCAACUUGGUGGCGGCUUGGCAAAUGGAACUCUGCCUCCUGGGUCCCCAGAGGUGCAAGAAAGCAGAGCAGACCCACCCAGGAGAGAAAACGGGAACUCUUUUCCUCAUGAAUGCGACCCUCAGACAAAUGCCUUACUGCCUUGAAGGACUGCUCCUGUUCAUUUUUCUAGCCAUAUGCUUUUUAAGAUGAUGGCAAUACACAUCCUCUGACAUCACCCCC